AUGGCCGAAGAGGGCGCCAAGGUGGUCGUAGUAGACCCCGGCGUCAACGUCGACGGCACUGGCUACGACCAGUCGAUCGCCGAGGUUGUGGUCAGCGAGAUUCGGGACGCUGGCGGUACCGCCGCCGCCUGUACCGAGUCCGUGGCCACCAUGGAAGGCGGCGAGAGAAUCGUGCAGACCGCCAUCGACAACUACGGUCGGCUGGACAUCGUGGUUUGCUGUGCGGGAAUUCUCCGCGACCGCAUGAUUUUCAACAUGACGGAGCAGGAAUGGGACGACGUGAUUGCCGUCCACCUGAAGGGCACGUUUACCGUGGUGAAGCACGCCUGCAUCCUGUUCAGGCAGCAACGCUCCGGUCGGGUCAUCACCUUUAGCAGUCAGUCGGGCCUGGUUGGCAACAGCGGGCAGGCGAAUUACGGGGCUGCCAAGAGCGGAAUCGCCGGGUUUACCAAGGUGGUGGCCAGGGAUAUGGGCCGUUACGGCGUAACCGCCAACUCGAUUGCGCCGCGUGCUACCACGCGCAUGAUCGGCGCGAUCCCAGAUUCAGCGGCCGAGAUCCGCGCGCGCGGCGGCGUGGCUUCGCUGUCCGGUUCGGACGCGAGCACGAAUGACAUACAGAAUCUGGAUCCGGAAGGAAUUGCGCCGUUCGUUACCUACCUGGCAUCCGAUUACGCCAGCAACAUCAACGGGCAAACCUUCCUGGGUGUAUGGCGACACGGUGUCGCUGAUGUCCCAGCCUCGACCCGAGCGCGCAAUCUGGACGGAAAGCGGACAUUGGGACAUGGACGAGCUGUCGGAGCGAGCCCGUAA